AUGCCCGGCAUGUCUCGUGUGCAGCUUGAGCUUGUCCAGUCCUUUCCGACAUCUGGUGCACGAGCUGUAUCCCACUUUCAAAUUGGCGACAAAGACUUUCUGGCCAUUCCUCAGCUUGCUGAGGACAUUCCAAACGGACCGACUGGUAUGAACGAAGGCAACAGUGAUGUUGAUCUCAUCAUCUGGAGAGCGAAUGAGGUCGGGCAUUUUGAGGAAUGGCAACGGCUUCCCGUUUCAGGAGGUGAAGACGCCGAGUUCUUUACCAUUCAAGACCGACACUUUCUCGCUACUGCGUCCAUCCGGGCGGGAAAGGGCCCCUACAACUAUAACGUGACAUCUAUAAUAUUUGAGUUCGUCGAGGGAAAGUUCGUCGAGUUCCAGAAGAUUCCGACUUUUGGGGCGAAACAGUGGCGCUACUUCUCGAUCAAUGGUCGUCACUUUCUAGCGCUGGCACAAGGAGUCAAAGUCCCUGGGCUAUCAUCAGAAGUCCCAGGAGAUUCAACCGUGUUUGAAUGGGACGGCACCUCUUUCAGCUCUUUGCAGACCGUUCCAUCUGCAUGGGGUUACAACUUCCUGCAUUUUGAAUUGUUCGGAUUUCAUUAUCUUGCAUACGCAGACUACAGAGAACCGUCGAUUUUGAUGAGGUGGGAUGGUGACAAGUUCAUCCAGUUCCAGACGUUUGCACCAAAGGGUGGCCGAGCAUUCUGUUUCUUCCGAUUCGAGCAAGAUGCAUACCUUGCACUGGCAGAUAUCGAGGACAACAGCAUUCUCUAUAAAUGGACUGGCCGUGACUUUCAAGAACAUCAGACGCUUACUGGGACUGGUGGGCGUGAAUUCGCAUUGAUUCAAGAUGGCGGCGAGACAUACGUGGUGCUUGUGAGGUUCAUCCAGGGCUCCCCCAAAGCUCCGACCACUCAACUCGAAUCGAUCAUAUAUCACAUGGAAAAUGGGUUUCUCAAGCAAGAGUAUUCUUUUUGGACCCACGGCGCGACCGACGCGGCAGCCUUCUCCCGAGCAGGUGAGACAUGUCUGUUUGUGUGCGAAAGCCUGACGGAGGACGUCCAUUUCCGAGUCGAUAGCAAUCUCUAUCGCUUCAAAUCAGGGCAACAGAGUAAAACUCUCAGUGAGGUCCAGGGGGCCGGGAAGCAGUCACCUGAAUUUGUGGAUCUGUAUACGGCAUACACCGCUUCAGCAGACGGAAUAGGGCCUAAGCUUACCAUGUUGGUUUCUCAUUCGACCGCUGUUGAUCCUAUGCUUGUCGCUACCAGUAGCGAGAUGAUUUUCUAUCCCGGCGGUAGCCGCGAACCUUCAUAUAUCAACUACCGUUUCAACAACCGAGGAUUCAAAGAACUUGCGGCCAUCUCGCACCUUGGACCAGCUCUUGCUUCGCUCGUAAAGAUGGCCACACUGGACACACAGAUGUGGAGAACUGAGACCGAAAAGCUAUUGUCGAGGAUUGCCGAGGUUCAGAGAGUCAAUUCUGUCUCCUUGUGGCGCGAUGAGCUGAAAGUAGCGGCCUUCGCUGGCCGUGAAGAAGUCAUUGCGAACAUGAUUGACUAUGCGUGCUCUCUGACUGCCAAAUUCUUGGAGGCCGUGCUUGAGGAUCCGCAACGACUCAAUCCUAAUUUCCUGAGCGAGGAGUAUCUGGAGCCGACAGGCACAGUUCUGGGUGCAACCAUCCCGAUGAACGCCAUCAUGAUUGCGACUUUCUUCUUGGUAGGAUUAGAUAUUUCCUAUCGAAUGCGGAUCUGGUUGCAAGAUCAGCAAAUCGAUUGGCAAAGAGCAAUGGUGCUCAUUGUUGGGAAGCAGGGAAGGGAGACUGCCGGAGUUACAUUGUCCACGAAUUCGGUUGCGCAAGGGAUCAUACAAUGCUCCAAUCUUGACCUUCCGAUCAAUCGAAUUUACAUUGCACCUCAUGGACCUGAUAUCGCGCCCGGGGGGUCGGAAUCCGGCAAACUGAAGCAGCAUGAAGAGUCAUUCAGGUCUUUGUGGAACAGAAUUUAUGCUACGGUUGAACUUGGAGAGAUUAUGUUCGCCGGGUAUCCGCGAUACACGCCGCAGCUAAGUAACCGGCCAACAGUCACCGAAACCACGACAGAAAUAUCUGAGAUGCCGCAAAUACACGGUCCAGAUGACUGGCUCACCAUGACGACACGAAUGCGGAUCGUUUUGGAAGAUCCACGACAGCUGCUGUCGGGAUGCGUGACCGACUACGCAGCGGAGCAACUUCGACAAUAUGGAAAUGAUCCCCAAAAGGUAACCGUUCCAGGCCUGGACUCCUAUGACUACGCCUCAGCUUCAGUUGCUUUGACUCACCCAGGAACUGGUAAAAGUCUUUCGGCACACACCACUAGAAGUCCUCGCAAACGAGGAGAUCUAUUCGGGACACCUUGGCAACGAUUUACUCACUUCCUCGCUCCGCCUCAAAAGUGCCCUGUGGUGGGUGGCGAAAUCGCGUUCUAUGAAGCAGGCACAGGUCCUCACACGAACAUAUGGCUUCACGGGUUGCCGCUCGAUAGCCGCAGCUGGGCAGCCCAGAGAUCCUUUUUCGAGUCCAAAUAUCGCAACGUCUACGUGGAUCUCAGAGGUUACGGCAAUUCCAGCAAAUUCCCUGCCAACGCCCAAGAUGUAACCCAAAUGAAUUGUGAAGAUUUGCAAUUUCUCUUGGACCACCUGCAUUUGGGACCGGUCAACUUGAUUGGGUUCGCCUCAGCUGGCCACAUAGCUCUCCGGUUCGCCAGCCAACACCCUGAGCGUCUAAACAAGCUGGUUGUCCUCAAUGGGAGUCCAUGUUUUCGGAAGCGAGAAGACUGGCCAUUCGGCUUUGAAGAAGAGACGCUGCGAAAAUUCACCGCGGCAGCAACACAAGGUGGGAUUGAAGCUCUGACCGCCAUGGUCCUUGAUCCUGCCUUGGUCUUCAAGGACGUAGAUGCGACCAACGCCGCACUGCUGAAAGAGUGUUUCGCGGAUAUGAGCUACAACGCGGGCUUGGACACUGUUCUGAAAUUCUUCACCGACAUCUCUUUCGACGAUGAUCGAGAGCUGAUGGGCCAGAUCUCCACGCCAACGCUCUUGAUCACGGGCUCCGUGGGUGAAGAAGUUCCCAACGGAACCGGAGCUUUCUUGCGACGGACCAUCCCGAAUGCCUCGUUGGUUGAAAUCCCCGGGGCGGACCACUUCCUCUUUGCGACGAAACCAGACAUCGUCAAUCCAAUCAUCGAUGGUUUCUUGGGUACUUGAAGAGACGAGAAAAGAGAGAGGUGAAGAGACCUGUGCUUUCUCGAGAAGGGGUAGGAGCAGAAAAUAGAGCUUUGCU